AUGACUUCCGGAAUGUCCCCGUCCAGCUCCCCGCGGCUUCCUAGCCCUCCUCCAUUCACGGAGGUUCAGAUCGCUCCCCAGUCACCUUCCGGGGAGGCUUUCGAGGAACAAAUGCUUGGUGCUGCAGCGGGCGAAGAUGAUGGCUCGACGCGCAGAAUCCGCCCCGGGACCAAAUCCGCGGACAUGGCGUUUGGCCCGCCGUUGAUUCCCCUUUCGCAGCUUGACUCGCCUUUCCAGCUCCAGGAACACCUCAAAGCCCUAUAUCAUCACUUUACGAAACCCGAAGGAUCUGACACCGUGGUCCCGAUUAACCGCCAGGUUGCAGUACAACUGGCGGAACCCCCGAGGGCAUCGACCGAUCACUUUGGCUUUACGAACUCUGCCGAUUCCUCACCAUGA